AUGGUGACCAAACAUUACUACAGCCUACUGAUUACACCUUAUUUGGCUAUGAACAAAAAGACGGUUGUUUUAGCGGCAAUUAUAGCAUUGUUAUCAUUGAUAGACAAGUUUCAAAGACAAUGGGACGUCGGAAGUGCAUUCUUUGUGGAGUUAGCAGUGAAAAAACUGAGGCAACCUUCCACAGUUUCGACCUUCAUCAAAGAAGAUGAAGCAGCCUUAGAUGUUGAGGUUCAUCGAAAGCAUAAUUAA